CCGCGGGCUAUUAAAGAGCCACCGGCGCUCCCCGGCCGCUUCUCGCCUCGGGCCGGGCUCCGGGCGCGGCGGCACCAUGCAGCAGGUCAAGAUGUGGGCACUUGCUGGGAUUCUCUUCUGUGGGCUAAAUUUCCUUGGGUUAGAGGCUUUCAAGGUGAACAAACGCCCAAUGCGGACUCGAACCUGUGCCGACCGGCCUGAGGAGCUGCUGGAGCAGCUGUAUGGAAGACUCACAGCUGGCAUGCUCAGUGCAUUUCACCACACCCUCCAGCUGGAGCCACUUGAAAAAGAGCACAACAUCAGUUGUCCAACAGGAAGUAGGUCUUCUACGGACAAGAAGUACCGGCUCCCCAUCAACCUCAACAGUGUCUCUCCUUGGUCAUACAGGAUUUCCUAUGAUCCCACAAGAUAUCCAAAGUACAUUCCCGAAGCGUACUGUCUGUGCAAAGGCUGCCUUACUGGAGUUUACGGGGAAGAGAAUUUCCACUUUCGGAGCACCCCAGUGUACAUGCCAACAGUCAUCUUGCGCCGCACUACAUCCUGCACCGGAGGCCGAUAUGUUUACACUGAGGAUUAUGUCACUAUCCCUGUGGGCUGCACCUGCAUACCAGAACAUGAAAAAGAAGCAGACGGCGUCAAUUCCAGUAUAGACAAGCAAGCCGUGAAACUGCUGAGCAAUCAUAAUGACAAGCCAGCAUCAGAAUGAAGAUGACAGAUGAAACCUGCUAGAGAGGGAUGUUGUGCGAGGCUCUUUAGUGUCAGGGAAUUACAGAGCCCGUUCACAUGUGCUUCCACACCAUUUGAUGGCUGCUUCCAUGAGAACUGGCUUGCCUGUGUGAAUGCACCAUCACACAACCACCAUUACAAACAGGACCGCACACCUCCUCAAAUGCAAGUGCUGUUCAGAUGUGUUGGAUCACAUACUCAGCCUCAAGUCAUGACACUUUGAAAAAUGAAGUUGUCUGCAGGCGUGUGUGAGCCAAUAAGAAGAUGCGUUUUCAAAACCCAGAAAUACAAAUGUUGAAGAUAAAAUAUGCAGGCGUGGCAAGGCUGUCCAGAAGUUUUAGAGCUUUAAGGGGACUAGAAAAUUCACCAUGGAAAUGCAUCACACGAAAUAACAAGUAAUGGUCUGGAUUAUAGUUCUGGAGAUACUGAAAAAUGUGUUUAUGUAUUCAGCAAUCAACAAAUUUUGGGUUGCUUCCGCAUCUGUAGUUGCCUAUGCAGGCGAAGGGCUUGAGGAAAAACUUGGGAAGCAUUCCUGCCUGUUCCACUGAGACUUGGAGCAAGCAGAAGCACAGAGGGAAGGAGGUGCCACGGUUACUUCCUCCUCCUCAAAAACCAUGCAUAAAGACAUCUUCCUCAAAUACUCUGCAAUUUGUAGAGAAUUUGGGGGAGGUGACCUGUAUAUCCUGUCAGCUAUUCUGGCCAAGGCAGGGGCUCAUCAGGGGCCUUUGAGUCUUCAAUAUGAUGAGCUUGCUGGAGUGCUAU